AUGAAGCUUUUGUUACCAACUCUGCUGCUAACUUCAAUGGUGGUUGCCUCCUCUUUCCUCCAGCUCUCUCUUGCUUAUACUCCAUCACCCCCAGUAGGAGGAGUGUGCGACUCCAAGUGCGAGGCGAGAUGCAAGACAGCAGGGUACAAGGAGAGGUGCGUCAAGUACUGCAACGUCUGCUGUACAAAGUGCAGAACCUGCGUCCCUUCUGGCACCUACGGCAAUAAAUCGGAGUGCCCUUGCUACAGGGACAUGAGGGACAACAGGGGCAGGCCCAAGUGCCCUUAA